AUGAGGCGCCGCGGCGGCCUCUCGAGCACGCGGCUCCUCCUCCUCCUCCUGGGCCUCCUCGCCGUCUCCCUCGUCCCGCCGUGCGCCGCGGCGGAGAUCAAGACCCGCCCCACGGAGUGGAGCUUCCGCCUCCUCCUACCCAGCGGCGUGACCGGCGCCGAGAGCCUGGCCUUCGACGCGCGUGGCCAGGGCCCUUACGCCGGCGUCUCGGACGGCCGCGUCCUCAGGUGGGGCGGCAGCGCCGUCGGCUGGACCACCUUCGCGCACCACGCCAGCUACCGGAAGCUGGCCAUGUGCACCGUGCCCGUGGCGCCGUCGGAGCAGACGGAGAGCCUGUGCGGGCGCCCGCUCGGGCUCGCCUUCCACCGCAAGUCCGGCGACCUCUACAUUGCCGACGCCUACAAGGGGCUCAUGAGGGUCGGCGCCGACGGCGGCGAGGCCGAGGUGCUCGCCACGGGAGCCGGCGGCGUUCCAUUUAACUUCGUCAACGGCAUCGACGUCGAUCAGGCUACCGGUGAUGUUUACUUCACCGACAGCAGCGUCAAUUACCCGCGAAGGUUCAAUACCGAGAUCAUGAUGAACGCGGACGCCACAGGGAGGCUGCUGAAGUACGAUGCAAAGACGAAGCAGGUCACCGUCCUAAAGGAUGGACUGCCAUACCCUAACGGGGUAGCCGUGAGCUACGACGGGACAUACGUUGUCGUGGCGCACACCGUGCCGUGCCAGGCGCAUAAGUACUAUCUGCAAGGAACAAAGGCUGGCCGCUAUGAACUACUCGCCGAUCUGCCGGGAUACCCGGACAACGUGAGGCGUGACGGGAAGGGCGGCUACUGGGUGGCUCUGAACCAGGAGAAGGCGCGCCCGGACGCGACCACGGCUCCGGUGAAGCAUCUGGUGGGAGUCCGCCUUGACGCCAACGGCGUGGAGUUGGAGGAGCUCACGGCCGCCAAGGGCGUCACGCUGAGCGAGGUGACUGAGAGGAACGGAACGCUGUGGCUGGGCUCUGUCGAGCUUGACUACAUAGGAAUAGUUUCAUGA